GUGAGAGGGAAUGGCCGCAUUCGCCAGGGUCGUCGCUGCCCGCCACGGCCAUCGCUUUCUGUGCUCGCUGGUGGAGAGCAGCAGCAGCAGUAGCGGCGGCGGCGGCGGCAUUGGGAUCAUCAGCGGCAGCAGCGGCAGCGCUCUCUCCACCGAUGUGGCCUCCAAAUGCGACUACGUCAAGGCGCUGUAUGGAUUCACGUAUGGCGCCGGUGCCGCAUGGUCCUCUUCCUCGUCGCCCUCGCGCCCUUCACCUUCCGAUUGCCGCAUCCGCCAGGCCGUGGCAAUGGCGCUGCAAAACUAUCUCCACUUCCGGCGUGGAGUGCCGCUGGACGACGCCGUCUUCAUCAGCACUGGCGCUCCAACCUACAUCAAUUCCGUGGUGCAGCGCUUGCGAGGUGCUGGCGAUCAGCAGCAGCAGCAGCAAGAGCGCAGCUACGAUCAGGUGAGGACGUGGGUGGAAGCGGUGAUGCAAAAGGAAGGUGUGGAUGAGAUGGAGCCUUUCCUGGAGAGCAUUGGCAUGGCUAGCGCCAAUGACUCCCUUGUCUUCCCUCGCGUGGAUCUCUGUGGAGACAUGGGACUGCUCCGCACUGCCAAGGCCAUGGAAGGCAAAGGCAUUCCCAAGAGGAACUUCUGGCACUUGCUCAAGAGGAACAGGCAAAUUCUCCACUACAGUCUGAGAGACUGCUUGGACACGGUCGGGAUCCUCUCCGAGCUCGGGUUAGGCCCCAGGGAGCUGGGAGAGGCCGUGUACCAUUGUCCCUGGGCUUUCCGCGUGGAGCUGGAAGAGGAGCUGAGACCGGUGAUCCAGCAGCUAGAGAGACUCGGUGUCGCGAAGACGGUGAUUGGCAAGAUCAUCACGGAUGCUCCCACGCGGGUGGAGGUUCUGAGCCAGGUGAAUGCCGAGGCGCUGGUGGUGGCGAUCCAGCAGCAAGUUGGCGCGUCCAAGGAGGCGGCGAUCAAGAUGGUGCGCGAUGAUCCGGCUGUUCUGGUCGGCUGCAACAUCGCAAAGUUGACGCAGAUUGUGAAGUACUUCAAGACGGUGCUGCUGCUGGAGGACGACGAGUUGCUCUCGCUGGUGACCAGGUUUCCACGCUUGCUGGUGCUCAACCUGGACAAGAGCGUCAUCAACAAGGUGGAGUAUCUCAAGGGAAUCGGCGUCCAGCGCGCUCACGCCAAGAGGAUCAUACUCAAGAAUCCCCGGGUGCUGGCUUACAGCCUCGAGAGCAACAUCAUCCCCAAGGUGGAGUUUCUGGACGGCCUCGGUUUUCGUCGCAAGAGCGUUGGUGCUCUGCUGUGCAAAUGCCCGCAGCUGCUGAGCGACAUGGUAAGCACUUGCCUGCGUCGCAAGGCCAACUUCUUGCUCUUCCUGGGGGUGAAGUCGUCGCAGCUGGCGGACAUCAUGUACGUGUAUCCGGAGUUCAUGGGACUCAAGCUCGAUGAAGUCAAAACCCGGCUUGCGUUCUACAAGAGCCUUCGGGUGGAGCAGCACGACUUGGCUACCAUGCUCACCAAGCAUCCGGCCAUCAUGAACUACGACAUCAACACGCAAGUGAAGCCCGUGAUCGAGUAUUUCAAGUCGAGCUUGGGCUUCACCACCCGGGGACUGGCAGCGUUCCUCCGUCGACGGCCGUCGGUGCUGGGCGAGAGCGUUGAGUUCGUGGACGAGAAAGUCAAGUACUUCGAGGAGCUGGGAUUCCGGAGGCACAGCGAUGCCUUCAACGAGAUACUCGUCUAUGCGAUGGCCGUUCCCAUCGGUUUCAUAGAAUCUCGGCUGGAGCGGCUGAGGCGAUUGGGAAUCACGGAGAAGCAACUCAAGACGCUGGUCCAGGUCCGGAUGCCGCUGCUGUACAGGGAUGACCAGCGCGUGAUGGCCACCACUGAGUAUCUGCUCAAGGACAUGCAGCUCGACAUGGACGAGCUGCUCAAGUUCCCGCAGUUUUUCGGCUACGACUUGGAGGACAGGGUGAAGCCGCGGCACAGGCUGGUUGCAUGGCUCAAAGCCAAGCACAUCAUCAAGCAGGACUACCCGCCUUGCUACCUGCAUAUGCGCCGCCAAGUGUUCGAGGACAUGUUUCUGGAUUGCCACCCCGAGGCACGGGAUAUCUUCAGGGGCUACAAGGAACUUGUGGCGACGACAUAAAAAGCCACAACAAAAACAAAGCUCGUCUUUGCUACUAAA